CUAAAAAGUAUUAAGCGCUUUAUAAAAUACCUUAAUAUUUCUAAAAGCUUAAGUAUUAGACUAAAUAAUCUUUAA